AAGUGUCCGGACUGGAAGGGGGUGAAAAGUGUCCGGACUGGAAGGGGGGGAAAGUGUCCGGACUGGAAGGGGGGGAAAGUGUCCGGACUGGAAGGGGGGGAAAGUGUCCGGACUGGAAGGGGGGAGGUGUCCGGACUGGAAGGGGGGGGAAAGUGUCCGGACUGGAAGGGGGGGAAAGUGUCCGGACUGGAAGGGGGGAAAGUGUCCGGACUGGAAGGGGGGGGAAAGUGUCCGGACUGGAAGGGGGGGAAAGUGUCCGGACUGGAAGGGGGGGAAAGUGUCUGUACUGGAAGGGGGGGAAAGUGUCCGGACUGGAAGGGGGGGGGGAAAGUGUCAGGACUGGAAGGGGGGGAAAGUGUCAGGACUGGAAGGGGGGGAAAGUGUCAGGACUGGAAGGGGGAAAGUGUCCGGACUGGAAGGGGGGAAAGUGUCCGGACUGGGAGGGCGGUGAAGUGUCCGGACUGGGAGGGCGGUGAAGUGUCCGGACUGGGAGGGCGGUGAAGUGUCCGGACUGGAAGGGGGGGGAAGUGUCCGGACUGGGAGGGGGGGGGGGAAGUGUCCGGACUGGGAGGGGGGGGGGAAGUGUCCGGAC